CCACAUUAAAUUGUCGAUAGCGUAUUAGAGACGCAUAAGGAAAGCUCACAUUCAAAACCCCAAACUGCGUUUGGUUUUGCAGUGUGGCUGGAGAUACACUAACCACAUGAGCGAUAGCUACCAUCUCUACAGCUGCAGCGUCGCCGUCACAUGAUGAAUAAGACAAGCAUUAAAAAUCCCAGAAUGGGGCAAGAUUUGUUCACAUAUCUACCAUCAGAAAUCAUACUCAACAUCCUCUCAAGACUCCCCGCUCGAACCACCAUGAUUUGCAAGUGUGUUUGUAAGCCGUGGCUCGAUCUGCUCGUGACUCCUGAGUUCGUCAAGUCCCAUCUCUCUAAAUCAGUCCCUGGCCUUGUUGUUUUCGAGUGGAAAACAGAUCCGAACCCACACAAAGUCGUUGAGUUUGUAAACAAGCUUGAUUUUAACUGCCAUGAGCAUCGGUGGAAUGUAGUCUUCAGCUUUGACCUCCCAUUUUAUGGGCCAGUUCAUGACUCAGCUAAUGGCUUGCUCUUCUCGUGUCAUAGAGAUGACGAAAUUUUUGUAUGCAAUCCAAUCACUCGUGAGUACAUCAGGCUUCCUUCUCCUCUUCCACGGAUUUACCCCAAACCUGAGAUUGAAAGGCUCACUUAUGGGUUUGGAGUGAGCAGAAGCAGCGGGGAAUUUAAGGUGGUUAGGAUUUUAUCAGCAAUCGCGGGAAGAAAUGAUCGAUGUGACUGGCAAGUUUACACCGUUGGGACUGCAUCGUGGAGAAGAGUUGCGUGCUGUAGCCUGCUUGAGUAUGGAGGAAACAGUAAAGGGGUACUUCUUAAUGGAAAUCUUCAUUUCUUGGGGUGGGAACCGUACUCAUCCAGGGUUUCUUGCCUCGACCUUGAAACUGAGCUUUUGAGCACCUUUUCUCCUCCUCAUCCCAGUUAUCCUAACACGGGUAGGAAUUUGUCUGUUUUAGGGGGCUGCUUAUGUGUGUGUGAUAUGACUUUGUCCCAGCCUGUUAACGAGAUUCAUAUAUGGUUGAUGAAGGAAUAUGGCGAUGAUGAAUCUUGGACAAAGGAAUUUAUCAUUCACAAGGUUGGUUUGGAAGAUCGCUUGUGGUUUGUUUGCCCCAUUAAAGUUUUUGAAGACGGCGAUAUCAUAAUGGGAUUGGAAUUCAGACAACUGGGAUACUACUCCAGCAAGACUAAAACUAUUCGAAAACUUGAUGUGUCUGAACUUGAUCCUAAUAUUUCAAGCUGUGCAGUCGUUUAUGCCCCAAGUUUUCUUCCGCUCAAAACUUAUGCUAUGGAGAAUGUGAUCUCAUUCUGAUUUGUGGCUAUAUUUCUUUCACGAUGAAAUGUAAUUUUUAUAUCUUUCGGCCACCAUCUUCCUAAUGUUCUUUUCUGAUUUCUUGAUAUGAAGGAUUGAAAAGUUUACCUUU